ACUGAACACCAACGUCAUCAUUCUGCGCGACAUUCUGCAUUCUCCCUGUAGACGACAUCUGUGCUUUUUGGUUUACUUCUUAUUACUUAAAGCUACGACCCAUUUAAACAGUAAAUUAGAUUGUUGUUGUUUUUUUAAAUGUCGCUAGCAUUUUCCCGUUGCAUUUGCAGGGUUUUUCCCCCACACGUUGUCCAGCGAAGUUUGUUGGUAGAUGGACGCCAUGUUGCAAAAAACGUACUUUAUGUUCCAGCAAUGACCCUGAAGACAACAGCUCCUUUAAGGGCUGAACCUAAAAAGAAGAAAAAAGUGGAUCCUAAAAGGGAGCAAAUGAUGAGAGAAAGGCUUAAGAAAAAACUCAAAAAGCUGGAGAAAGUACCACCUGAACUCAUCCCAAUAGAAGACUUUAUUACGCCAACUAAAUGCAUGGAUGAAGCAAGAAUACGGUCUACACCAGUAAUUUCAUUUGAAGAGAGUGAACGCAGAGCUCUACUGCUGAAAGAGUGGUCUCGAUAUAAACAGAAGCAACACAUGGCUGAAAUGAAGGCUGUUGAAUCUGCACUUGAAGCUCAGAGAGAGGCGCUGGAGGAACUGAAAAUCACAUCUGAAGAGUUAUAUCAGGCAGCCCUAAAACCAGACUUUACUCUUCUGCCCUUCACGCACGAGGGUCCUGCCUACACACCACCUAAAUCCAAAUAUGAAGCUCCAGAGGGGAAAUACACUGAUACAACCAGGGUUUACACUCAGUAAAAGGCUGCAAAUGUUCUGUCACGGCACUGUAUUUGUCACCAACUCAUUUUUAGCAUAAUAAAGACAUCUUGGAGAAUACACUUA